GGCCCACAUUGUUUCAUAUGAUCUCAUCAGGUCAGCUGUGCACUCACAUUCCAAAUGAGCACAGCUUUUUCCUACUGCAUGACUUUCAGCUUUCCCAGAUAACUACACAGACCUGAAGUUUUUAUUCCUCCUACAGAAGCUCUUCAUAUAGAGGCAAAGAGGAACUUUUAGUCAGCUCUGCUUUAGGGCAGUCCUCAUUCACUAUAAAUUCAGCUCCCUGAAUCCCUCUGGAGGCCCCAUUUGGAAGAGUGGAAGGGAGAACACUGCUUUUUAAAGGUCUCAAGGGGUUACCCAGGAACAGCACACUGAGGAAGUAAGACCUGUGCCUAAAGAUCAGCAGAACACAUCCUGUGCUACAGUCCCUGGGAGACCAAGCGUGCCAGAACCCUUUGCUUGAAGGAAAAUGAUGUCCACUCAAUAUACCAACAACAAAAGAGGAGACCCAAGGAAGUCAGAACUCAGAAUGGUCCUUGUGGGCAAAACAGGGGCUGGGAAAAGUGCCACAGGAAACACCCUCUUGGGGAGGAGAGAAUUUAAGUCCAAGUGCUCAGCAGGGUCAGUCACCAAGGUCUGUAGGAAAGCCUGGACCAGUAGGAAUGGAAGGAGCAUCUCUGUUGUUGAUACUCCUGGCAUUUUUUACACUGAUGCUCCAGAGCAAGAAAAUUUGAAUGAAAUAGCUCAUUUCAUGGCACUAUCCUCUCCAGGACCACAUGCUAUAUUAUUGGUGUUACAUGUGGGUCCUUUCACUCAUGAGGAGAAGACAGCCAUUGAAAGUCUUUUUAAGAUUCUAGGACCUGAAGCUGUGAAGUUUUUGAUCAUUUUAUUCACUGGAAAAGAUAAACUAGAAGACAGUAUAGAGGAUUACUUAGAAACUAUUCAAGACUCAUACUUCAAGGACUUGUUGAAGAAGUGUGAAAAUCGAUGCUGUGCAUUUGACAAUAAUGCUAGUGGAGCCCAGAGAGAUGCCCAGGUUUCAAAGCUGAUGGCCAUGAUUGAGAGUAUGGUGCAAGAUAAUGGAAGUACCUAUUACACCAAUAAGAUAUAUGAAUCUGUGGAAGUGCUUCUCCAGAAAGACAUGAAGGCACUCCAACAAUGUGAUCAGGAGCAGUUUGAGAGGAGUAUUGAAGAAAUCAGGCAGAAAUAUGAGAAACUAAUGGAAGAGUUGAAGCAGAAAAAGCAAAUGUGGGAGGAAAAAAUGGAAAACUGGGAAAAGAAAAUGGAAAACUGGGAAAAGAAAAUGAAAAACUGGGAAAAUAAAAAUGAAAAGUUUGAGAAGCUAAAUAAAGAAUAUGAGAAGGAAAAGGAAGAAUAUGAGAUGGAAAAGAAAAAAUAUGAGAAGGAAAAGGAAGAAUAUGAGAAGCAAAAGGAGGAAUAUGAAAAGCAAAAGAGCAACUUUUCUGAUAAAAAAGAGUCAGAAGAAAAUGAAAGGUACUGGAGAUAUUAUGAGAAUUAUCAAAAUAUCUUUUUAAAGGUUGCAGAGCUAAUUGUCCCUUUGAUAUCUGAAUUCAUGAAAUUGUAUUUCAAAAAAUAAUUUAAGACCUAACAACCAGGAUUCUUUUAUAUCUAGUUUCUGCUAUGAACUGAAUUCAUAAAGACAUACAGUUUU